GCAAAUGACCGCAUGGUCGACCAACUGGAACACUCUGGAACUCUUCGGUCGCCCGCCUGCAUCGCUGCUUUCCGCGCGGUGGACCGCGGCGAUUUCUGGAUGCGCCGAGGAUCCUUCGGAUCGGACAUCUAUGGGGAUGCUCCUUUGCGCCAUGGUAAGCUGCAUCAGUCCGCACCACAUAUUUACGCCAGAGCAUUGGAGGCUCUCAUGCCGUUGAAACCUGGAAUGUCGUUCUUGAACAUUGGCUCGGGAACCGGCUACUUCAGUUGUUUGGUGGCCGAAGUUGUGGGCGAGUGUGGUGUGAACGAUGGUUUGGAGCUCUGGCCGGAGAAUGUGGUCCAUGCACAGGAACGCUGUGCUUCCUUGGGCAAGUACCACAUCGAGUUCAAUGUAGGAAACGUGUACCAGCUCGAUGUCAACCUCGGCAUGCGCUACGACCGGAUCUAUAUUGGAGCUUGCGCCUGUCCUCGUGCGCAGUACCUCUACAGCCUCCUGGAGGUUGGUGGAGUUCUGGUAGGCCCCUUCCAGUCGGGCCACUCCCAGCAGCUGCGACGGGUGGUGCGGGAGUCAGAGGCACAUUUCAAGAUCGAGGUGCUGAACUCCGUGCAUUUCGCCUCACUGGUGGAGCCUCCAGCUACUCAAGAGCUAAGUGACGAUGCUCCUGCUCCUCUCGGCGUCCUCCCUGUCGUCGGUCUGCCGGGCGUGCCUUUUGCCUUCGCUUUGCGCCAAAAGCCUUGGAGCGUGGAGAGGAAUUGGGCAUAUCCUCGCAGCUUCAGGCAAGUGGCGGCGGUCCUGAUGCAAAACCAAGCCAGCCUUGGGCUGGUCCCGCUGGAGUUGUGGGUGGAGCAUAUUCUUCCGUGGUGCCCGCGAUGGUGGUUCGAUGUGCCAGGGAAGAGGCGAUCCAAAUCCGGCACCCUGGCAAUGCUGGCGGCAGCGAGCAGAAGCAUGUCGAAGGCGUUUUUCAGCUCCAGCACCUGCAGCACGCGAAGCGGCAGCAGCAUUGGUGAGGCAGAAGGAACCAUCAGUGGAGACGAAGUGAACAUUGCGACAAACGACGAGGUUCCACUGGUGCAACCUCCGCGGCGCCGGAGGAGUCUAUGCCGCGCAGCCCAGCGAGCAAUGCGACGAUGCCUCCGCUGCUUGAGUCGCCUGGGGGACUCUGCGUCAAAUCCGUCUGAACUCGCUACGCCCUUGAGCCACGCUCAGCCUGUUUUGCCUUGGCCUGGGGAAGCUGCAGAGGAUGAGGGUGUGGAAGCCUUUACAGAAGGACCACGGCGCUGCAAUUUGUGGCAGAGUCUUCAGGCGCUGGUGUCUCCAUGCACAUCUCUGCGUGGCCUUCUUGAACGACUGCGAGCCCGCUAA